UAUACAACUGGAAAUUUCAAGUCAACAUAUUCCCCAGGUCGUUGCGAAGGACACACGAGACAGGAUUAGGAUGCAAAAUUCGACAGUGAUCGGUAGGGUGAACGCGGGGCUGAGUCGCUGUUUGAGCCACCACCGGAGGCUGUGUCGCGGCAUUGCCGAGCUGGACCGCCUCAUUUACAACGACGAGUUCCUCAAGGAUCCGCGGACCCAGUGGCUGCUCCACCAGAGGCGCCAGAAGGAGGAGGAGACGCAGCAGCAGCAGGAGGCCAAGGGGGGCUCCUUGGGGAGGAUGCGGAGUGAGAUGGGUCGUCUGCUGGGCCAGUCAAGGACAACACUUUCUCCGUCCUCCGGAAAGAGUAAUCUCAACGUGACCCAGGCCAUUUGCCAAUUGCUUCAGCCCGAGACGCCGAAGCCCAGAAGCCACUCAGGACCUCUUCCCGCUCCCACUCCACUGCCCUCGCCGGAAAGACGCCCCAGAUUCAGGUUCAGUGUCAGUCUCUCUCGUCCCGAGAGGAAGGCAUCCUGCAAGAGCUGCCGAAGCAACUAGAAAGGAUAUUGGCCAAUCCCACUCCCAAGUCUGACAGAGAUCUAUGAUUUGGAUAGAUCUGUGGCAGAUUUGCGAGCGUUCUUUGUGGAAUGUCUGUGGAAGUCUGGUAGCUGCGAUCGCCCUGGAACCACUGUAUUCGUAUCCCACACAUCGUGGGAUCAGGCCAGCGGAGGAGCAGGAACACGGGGUGGAUGUGGAGCACAAGGAGGAGCACAAGGAGGAGGAGGAGCUGCGUUCAGUAUCCGUGCUGCUCUCGUUAUUGUUAUGAAUAAGUUAAUAACAUGGCGGAAGGCUUCUUUUGUCGUGGCCCAAACAAGCAACAACCUGGCAGGCAGCGCUUAUUAAAUGAUUGAAGCCUUUGGUGGGGCGAGGUGGUGGUACCCGGGGGCCUGCGACUCGGAGAUGCUGGACUCAAGCUGGGGGCCCCCAUAAAAAAGGUGGAGACCUGGUUCUCGUUUUUGUUGCCUGCUCUUUUGUGGUUUUUUCCCUUUGCGGCCAGCGUCCAGCGACCAGCGACCAGCGACCACCAUCAAUAACAGAGCCCGGCGACGGGCCCGGGCCAUAUUUAUGAUUUGUUAAGCAACGCCGAACGUGCGAAAGGAUAAUCAC